ACAGCCACACCGAGCAAGAAGGUGCGAUACAUACUCUCUCUCCCUGAUCGCUAAGCUAGGUCUUUAUCCAUGGCGGCGAGAAAUGCACUUCUCAAGUAUCUGCGUGUGAAUGCGACACCAGUUUUGCAAUCUUCAUCCGUUCGAAACCCUAGAGUGGUCGGAGGAGGAGUAAUUCAGCUGUUCCGGCGCCAUUUCUCCGAGGAAGUCAGAGGAUCUUUCCUCGAUAAGUCGGAGGUCACUGAUCGAGUGGUUACUUGCGUAAAGAAUUUCCAGAAAGUUGAUCCUUCGAAGGUUACGCCAACUGCUCACUUCCAAAACGAUCUUGGGUUAGACAGUUUGGAUACUGUUGAGGUUGUGAUGGCACUUGAAGAAGAGUUCGGGUUUGAGAUCCCCGACACCGAAGCAGACAAGAUUAGCUCCAUUAACCAUGCCGUGGACUUCAUUGCAUCUCAUCCCCAGGCUAAAUAGGCAGUAUGCCAUCAAAACUAGUUUUCUUUUCUUGAAUUUUCAUGCAAAUUAUCUGCAUCAGGAGACCAUUUCCUUCGGCUUAUCUCUAUUUUUUUUUUGUGUCACACUGUGCUUACAUGCUUUUCAUCAUCUUAUAUCGUCCUUCCUCAUAGUUUGGAUAUUCGGAUCAUCAUUUUGCAUAAUUCCCAAGUAAUUGGAUAUUACUUGAGUAAACUUGAAAUUAUCAUCUAGGUUGCAGUAUUAGUUUGCUGAUGCCUGUUGCUUAAAUAAGUUCUGUUGCGGCUGCAAUUGGUGUAUUUUACUGGUGUUUUCGAGUAGAUUAGAGAUUCUUUUUGCUCAUCUCUAAAUAUGUUUGGAUGAUGACGAUAUUGUGAAACACUGUUCUUUUCUUUCUCUAGUAAUUUUACUGAUUGUCUGCGGUCAUUGU